UUCUAAUGUCUCUAUUUAUUAUGGAAUACAUACUAGUGGAUUUUUGGAAUCCGCUUGAAAAUUAUUUAAUAACAACUACCCCUAGGGUUGGGGAAAGUUUUUACGACUUUUUACAAAGGAGUGGAAUAGGGUGCAAGAUUAUUUUUUGCGAUAUCGCUGACUUUUUAAGGUGCGAUGUUGCAGCGAUAAUGUCCAGCUACACAAUGAGUUUAUUUUUUUUGACUUGUGUCUUACACGCCACUAGAGUUGUAGACUUCAGACUUUUAAGUUCUGGUUGCAAAAUUUUUGGAAAAGACAUUGUUAUUCGGCUCAGAAAGUUCAGGUUUAAAAUUCAACAAUAUUUUACGGGAACAAAGAAAAGAAUUAAAUUUAAAAGUCCCUUAGAAGAAGAAUAUCCUUGUCCAGAGAACGUGUGCCAUUUAGAUGAGCACCAUAAAGCAACAUGUCCUUCGUUUAGUGAAGAAUUUCUUCCAAAUAGGAAACCUAAAGACUUUCCCAAGUCAUCAAAAAAACGCAAAAAUCAUCACGGUGGACGUGAAAAUACACCCCAUUGUAAUCGUUUUAAUCCUCUUAGAAAUAAUUCAGAUUCUGAUAUAGAAUACUCCGAUACUGAUACGGAAUUCCCCGACUAUUUGAAUGAUAGUCAUACAUGCAAUAGGCAUAUGGGAAGAUUGUGUUAAGACAUGUUUAUUUUUAAUGAUAAAGUUGCAAUUUCUAUGUAAUCAUACAUCUAUUUUACAAUAAAUCUCUAAAAAUGCGCAAAA